AGAUUGGUGAUAUUGAGCAGCCUGUGCAUUGACACGACCUCUUCACCUCAUCUUCAGCAUGAAUGGUGAUAUGCCUCAUGUUCCCAUCACUACUCUUGCUGGAAUUGCUAGCCUGACAGAUUUGUUGAACCAGCUGCCCUUGCCUUCUCCUCUCCCUGCCACCACUGCUAAGAGCCUGCUCUACAAUGGAAGGAUCUCCGAUGAGGUCAGCAGCCUCCUGGUGUGUCGGGACGAGAAUCUAGUGACCCAGCUGGCACAAAGCCUCAACCAGGUCUCCACUGAACACAUAGAGUUGAAGGACAACUUGGGAAAUGACGAACCUGAGGGUGAAAUGCCAAUGCUUCUGCAAACAUUGCUGUCAAGGAACCCCAAAAUCUUCAGGGACAAAAGUGCACUGCAGCAACCAUUGAUACAACAGUAUAAGGUGUCUCAGACUCAGGUGCAUGGGAGUCCAGGAUCUAACUACCAGCACACCACUGUCCCUCAAAGUCCCUCUGGAUGCUUUACAUCCCAACAGUCUGGAUCAGGCACUCGGUUCGUAACCCAACAGAGCAGCCCUAUACCCAGUCCUUAUACCCCUCAGAGUCCUGCAGACUACAUGCAGUACAACCCACCCAGUUAUUCUCAACACCAACAAACUCAGCAAGUUGCUAGUGUUGUGAGAAAUAUCCAUCACAACAAGGUCUCUGGACAGCUGUCAAGUAAUUCAUCGCAUCAUAAUGCUGAAUUGGGCUCAGAUGAAGACUACAUGAACAUGGCUCACAGACUGGGACAUGAGGAGAAUGACCCCUCCAUGAGGGCCUCCAAGUUUCCGGUUAAAUCACCACAGUCUGUGUGUUCCCCUGCUGGGAGUGAGGAGGCCGUGAAAAGGUCCAGGCGUACCCUUAUCAUGGAGUCACCCCAACCUGAUACGCCACCGGGUACAGCUCCAGACCUGCUCCUCACCUCUUCUGACCGCAAAAGAAAGCAGAAAGAAAAGAUUAAAGAAGAAAACAAGCAGAUUGAUAAUAAUGCUUCGUAUGGCAUUGUCAGUUCUCCAUUAAAAGACUCGGCGAGGCUGACUUUAAAACUGACACGAGUAAAGAGUCCGAACAUGGAUCCAUCGCAUAUCAACUUACACGAAACAGAUUCAAUGAAUAACAACAAUCAGUUGUCGAGAACCACCCUGGACUUGACGCAUAAGUUAGGUGCUGAGGAGCAGGAGAACUGUCAGCAGGUUCAUGUCCAGCAGAAUUCCAAGGAGAUCGGAGUCAUCGGUGGAGACGUGUUUGACGAUGCUGAGAUUGACACGCUUGUAGAAAUCGACAGAAUAGAACGCGAGUCGGCAAGUGAGAGGGAAAGGUGGUCUAAAGAAGUCCAGGAUAAAGAUAAACCACUUAAGAAACGGAAGCAAGACUCGUAUCCUUUGGAAUCUGGAGCUGAGCCAACUGACGGGCCGACAGUAACAGGGGACAACACUGACAGCAAGCUGACACCCAAGAAGACAAAUGCUGCAAGUAAUGGUUCCAGUCGGCCUGCUUUGAUGGUCAGCAUUGAUCUGCAACAAGCUGGCAGAUUGGUAAGACAGCCUGUAGUGGUCCUGGAACCCCAGCAGCUGUGUGAGGACCACCUCAAACGCAUUAAGUUGAAGACUGACGGAAAGGUGGAUACAGUUGUUGAAACCAGACCUGAGAUCAUCAAACAGCAUGUUGACAAGCCGAAGAAAACUGGCUCUGACGGGCAACCAGAAACCCCUAAACAGAAGCAGGACGGCCGUCGUGAAUCCAAACACAGACAUGACGGCAAAACUGACAGCAGCAAAGGACACUCGGAUGACAGACGGCCAGACACACCACGGCAGAGACACGAGAAGCUUUCAGACUCAGGCCACAAAGAAGAAAAGAACCACAUCAGUCACAGAUCCAAUGUCACUCAAACCAAGAUUCCAAAAACCACAAAAGAGGUGGAGCGUAACUCAAGACAGGAGGAAGACAGAACAAGAGAUAAAGAUAAAGAUAGAGAAAAGGUUUCAGAUAAAGAUAGGGAUAUGGAUAAGAAUAGAGAAAAAGAUAGAGAUAGAGUUAAAGAAAGGGCUAAGGAUAAGGAUAGAGAUAAAGAUAAAGAAAGAAAAAGGGACAAAGACAGAGACAAAAACAGAGACAAAGAAAGGGACAGGGAUAAAGACAGGGAAAGAAAAAUCAAGACAUUGUCAAGUGAAAACUGCAAAAGACACUCCCCUGACCUGAAUAAUAAACCUGACAGCGCUAGAAUAAAGCAAGAUGGAAGCAGAAAAUCCAAUGACCUCAAUGGAAGACAGAGGACAGACGGUUCUAGCCUUCAAAAUGCCCACCACAAGGAUGAGAUGAAGAGUGGUGAAGGUCAAGUCAGCUGCCAAGCGGGAAGCAAGCAGCAGUCUAUGGAGACAAAAGCUAGUGAGUUCCCAUCAUACCUGCUGGGUGACAAGAAAGGAAGUCUGAAGAACUUCGUGAUUCCUAAAUUGAGCCGGGAUGGGAAGGAUUCUCAACAUCCAAGCAAAGUGAAAGAUGUCUUUUCUGAGUCCCAUCUAAGCAAAGUGAAAGAUGUCUUUUCUGAGUCCCAUCCAAGCAAAGUGAAAGAUGUCUUUUCUGAGUCCCAUCCAAGCAAAGUGAAAGAUGUCUUUUCUGAGUCCCAUCCUAGCAAAGUGAAAGAUGUCUUUUCUGAGUCCCAUCCUAGCAAAGUGAAAGAUGUCUUUUCUGAGUCCCAUCCAAGCAAAGUGAAAGAUGUCUUUUCUGAGUCCCAUCCUAGCAAAGUGAAAGAUGUCUUUUCUGAGUCCCAUCCAAGCAAAGUGAAAGAUGUCUUUUCUGAGUCCCAUCCUAGCAAAGUGAAAGAUGUCUUUUCUGAGUCCCAUCCUAGCAAAGUGAAAGAUGUCUUUUCUGAGUCCCAUCCUAGCAAAGUGAAAGAUGUCUUUUCUGAGUCCCAUCCAAGCAAAGCGAAAGAUGUCUUUACUGAGCCCCGAGUCAGGCUUGAGAGAGUGUCAUUGAUAAAGAACUUAAGCAAAGCAGCAAAACCUGUUGUUGUGGUUAAGAAACUCAGUAUCGACGAGGUGAAAACCAUCAUUAAGGAAAGCAGGAACGCUCAGAGAUCCAGGAACUGGUCCUCAUCUGACAAAUCAGGGAGAGAGAUGUCUCUUCAUGAGAAGACAAACAAGAGAAUGCACAGCAUGAUCAGUAAGAAAUCCAAGUACGCUGAGGUGGACUCAGAUGAAGAUGGCGAAGAAGACUCUGGUGAUGAGUCUACAAGGAAAAAGCACAAGAAACAUCAUGACAAGACUUGGAAGGGCGAAGAGAAGAGAGGUUCAGGAGAUCAUCGUCACCAUAAUGCUCGCCGGGGGUCAGGUGGCCGUCACCGUGACUCUGAUAAUUCGGAUGGCGGUUCUCCUCCUACAAACCUGAGUGAUGUUGCCAAAAAAGUGAAGAAACAGAAACAGAAAAACAAAAAGUCGUACGAGUCCAAACUGUCACACGAAGAGAUAAUGGACUCCUCCACAUUUAAGAGAUUCACUGCCAGUGUGGACAACAUUCUUGAGAGCCUUGACGAUGUGGACCUCACUAAUGCAGAUGAUGAUGAUGAGAUACCUGAAGAGCUCUUACUUGGAAAGCACCAACUGAGCGAGUUGGGCAGCGAUUCUGCUAAGAUGAAAGCUAUGGGCGCCUUUAACAAGUUCCCCUCUGAAAAACUGGUUAAAAUCCUGAAUAUCCUGGAGAAAAAUAUUCAGGACAGUGUCAAACUUUCCACAUUAAUGAAUCAUGGUAAUGAUUCAAUGGAUGAGGAGCGUCUGUGGCGUGACCUCAUCAUGGAGAGGGUGACCAAAUCUGCUGAUGCCUGCCUGACUGCCCUCAACAUUAUGACAUCUCCAAAAAUGCCAAAGGCUGUCUAUAUAGAGGACGUGAUCGAGAGGGUGUUGCAGUACACCAAGUUCCAUCUGCAAAACUCUUUGUACCCGCAGUAUGACCCGGUUUACAGAGUGGGUCCCCAUGGAGGUGGCUUGCAUACUUCAAAAUCCAAGAGAGCAAAAACCUCCACCCACAAACAGAAGGUGGUAGUCAUGCUCUACAACAAAGUGUGUGAUAUUGUCAGCAACAUGGCCGAGCUCCUGGAGAUCCAGCUGCUGACAGACACCACUAUUCUCCAGGUGUCCACUCUGGGUAUCACACCAUUUUUUGUGGAGAAUGUCAGUGAACUGCAGUUAUGUGCCAUCACACUAGUAACAGCUGUGUUCUCACGAUACGAGAAGCACAGGCAGCUCAUUCUUGAAGAGGUCUUCACCUCCCUGGCUAGACUGCCUACAAGUAAACGCAGCCUCAGGAACUUCAGGCUGAACAGCAGUGAUUCUGAUGGAGAGCCCUUGUAUAUCCAGAUGGUGACAGCACUGGUUUUUCAGCUCAUCCAGUGUGUGGUAAACUUCCCAGAGAGGGACUCCGAUGAUGAGCAUAGUAAAAAAGUGGACAGAGACGUUCUAAUCACAAACUCUUACGAAACAGCCAUGAGGACGGCUCAGAACUUCCUAUCAGUGUUUCUCAAGAAGUGUGGCAGUAAGCAGGGAGAGGAAGACUACAGGCCACUGUUUGAAAACUUUGUUCAUGACCUGCUGUCUACAGUCAACAAGCCUGAAUGGCCCGCUGCAGAACUACUGCUCAGUUUACUGGGCCGGCUGUUGGUGCACCAGUUCAGUAACAAGCAGACAGAGAUGGCACUCAGGGUGGCGUCUCUCGACUACCUCGGCACUGUCGCUUCCCGCCUGCGUAAAGAUGCUGUCACAAGCAAGAUGGACCAAAAGGCUGUUGACCGCAUCCUUAGAGAGAGUCCAGGCGAUGAUGAGACCCAACAACUCCAGAAGGCUUUGCUAGACUAUCUAGAUGAGAACAUUGAAACAGAUCCAGCUCUAGUGUUUGCCAGGAGGUUUUAUAUUGCCCAGUGGUACCGGGACACUACAAGUGAGGCAGAGAAAGCCAUAAAGUCUCAAAAUGAUGAUGAGGACGUAAGAGGUCGACAUUACUCCCAUGAUGUGGACUCAACGGCAGAGAUCAUGCAGAAGGCUGAGACACGAAAGAAAUUCCUCCGCAAGAUCAUCAGGACACAUCCAUCCCAGUUCAGAUCUCUGAAAUUAAACUCGGACACGGUGGACUAUGAGGACUCCUGUCUGAUUGUCAGAUACCUGGCCUCCAUGAGGCCCUUUUCACAGAGCUUUGAUAUUUAUUUAUCACAGAUUCUGAGAGUGCUGGGUGAGAGUGCCAUUGCAGUCAGAACUAAAGCCAUGAAGUGUCUGUCGGAAGUAGUAGCUGUCGAUCCAAGUAUUUUGGGACGGUUGGACAUGCAGCGUGGGGUUCACUGUCGCCUCAUGGACAACUCCACCAGUGUGCGAGAGGCUGCUGUGGAGCUCCUUGGUCGUUUUGUGCUAAGUCGCCCAGAGCUCAUUGAGCAGUAUUAUGACAUGCUCAUAGAAAGAAUAUUGGACACAGGUAUUAGUGUAAGAAAGAGGGUCAUUAAGAUCUUAAGGGAUAUUUGCCUGGAGCAGCCGGACUUCCACAAGAUCACUGAGAUGUGUGUCAGGAUGAUCCGAAGGGUCAAUGAUGAAGAGGGGAUCAAGAAACUGGUGAAUGAAACAUUCCAAAAGCUCUGGUUCACCCCAACACCGGGUCACGACAAAGAUGCCAUGACCCGAAAAAUCCUGAACAUCACAGAUGUUGUGUCAGCAUGUAAGGAUACCGGAUAUGACUGGUUUGAGCAGCUUCUCACAAAUCUGCUGAAAUCAGAAGAGCAAGCUUCAUACAAACCUGCUAAGAAGGCCUGUGUUCAGCUGGUGGACAAUUUAGUGGAACACAUACUGAAACACGAGGAGUCGCUUGCAGACUGCGAAGACAAAGGGGUGAACUCAGGUCGUCUGGUAUCAUGCAUCACCACGCUCUUCUUGUUCAGCAAGAUCAGAGCACAUUUGAUGGUCAAACAUGCCAUGACUAUGCAGCCCUACUUGACCACCAAGUGCAAUACUCAGAAUGACUUCAUGGUGAUAUGUAACGUGGCAAAGAUUCUGGAGCUUGUUGUGCCUCUGAUGGAGCACCCAAGUGAGACUUUCCUUACCACCAUAGAAGAAGACCUGAUGAAGCUCAUCAUCAAACACGGCAUGACGGUUGUCCAACACUGUGUUAGCUGUCUCGGUGCAGUUGUGAAUAAGGUCACACACAACUACAAGUUUGUCUGGGCUUGUUUCAACCGGUACUACGGAGCUCUGGCAAAACUGAAAACACAGCACCAAGAGGACCCCAACAGCUCCACUCUGGCUACUAACAAACCCACUCUCCUGCGCUCACUGUUUACCGUGGGGGCUCUCUGUCGACACUUUGAUUUUGACCAGGAGGAGUUCAAGGGGGCCAGCAAGAUUAUCAUCAAGGACAAGGUUUUGGAGCUUCUGUUGUACUUCACCACUCAUGAAGAUGAGGAGGUCCAGAUCAAGGCCAUCAUAGGUCUAGGCUUCCAGUUCAUCAUGCACCCAGAGCUCAUGUUUGUGCAGGAUGUGAAGGUUCUCUAUAAUGGCAACUUGUCAGAUGAGAGCAGUUCGGUCAAUCUGAAGAUCCAGGUGUUAAAAAACCUGCAGUGUUACUUGCAAGAGGAGGACUCUCGAAUGCAGGAGGCUGACCGUGAAUGGAAGAAGCAAGCCAAGCAGGAGGAUCUCAAAGAAUUAGGGGAUGUUGCAUCAGGAAUGAGCAGCUCCAUCAUGCAGAUUUACCUGAAGCAGGUGUUGGAGUCUUUCUUCCACUCACAGUCUACUGUGCGACACUUUGCCCUUAGUGUAAUUACACUGACUCUCAACCAAGGUCUCAUCCACCCUGUUCAGUGUGUGCCCUACUUGAUUGCCAUGGGGACAGACCCUGAGCCAACCAUGAAGAAUAAGGCCGAUCAGCAACUGGUGGAGAUUGACAAGAAAUAUUCAGGCUUCAUUCAUAUGAAGGCUGUAGCAGGACUGAAGAUGUCUUACCAGGUGCAACAGGCCAUAAAUGGAUCCAAAGGCAAAGUUGUUCGAGGUUUUCGCCCUGAAGACUCAGACGCUGCACUUUGCUCUCACCUCUACUCUUUGGUCCGUGGGAACCGACAACACAGACGGGCAUUCCUCAUUUCCCUGCUCAACCUGUUUGAUGACAGCUCUAAAACAGAGGUGAACAUGCUGUUGUUCAUAGCAGACAACCUGGCCUGCUUCCCGUACCAGACCCAGGAGGAGCCUCUUUUCAUCAUGCACCAUGUAGAUAUUACUCUGUCCGUCUCUGGUAGCAACCUGCUCCAGUCUUUCAAGGAGUCUUUGAGGAAAGGACAUGUGCAGCAGGAAAAGAAAAUGAAGACAAAGAAGAAGAAAAAGAACAAGAAGAAGAAGAAGAAGAAGCAAUCUCAUAGGAGGAAACACAGCUCUGAUGAUGAGGAGGAUGAGGAGAGCAGUAGCAGCUCCAGCAGCAGCAGCAGCAGCAGCAGCAGCAGUAGCAGCAGUAGUAGCAGUGAGGAGGAGGUGGUGGUCGAAAAGAAAAAGAAAUCUGGGGCUGCUGAUUCUGACUCUGACCUGGAUGAUGAGGAAGCAGUGAUGCUCCGUCUUCCUGAAAACCCGGUCCCUCUGCUGGACUUUGCCAGUGCUUCGCAGGGAAUUCUGCUGCUGCUGGUGCUCAAGCAGCAUCUGAAGAAUCUGUACGGCUUCUCAGACAGCAAAAUCCAGAAAUACUCACCAACCGAGUCUGCUAAAGUGUAUGACAAAACAGUGAACAGGAAAUCUAAGGUGCACUUCAAUCCUCGUCAGACACUGGAGUACCUGAAGAGCGAUUUAUCGAACAUGGAGCUCAGUCGCGAUACCAAGAGGAAUAUUGUGAAACAGUAUUUGGACUUCAAGGUUCUGAUGGAGCACUUGGACCGUGAAGAAGAAGACGAACAGGGUGAAGCAAGUGCCAAUGCCAGAAACAAAGCCAUUACUUCACUGCUGAAGGGCCCCAAGUCCUUGAACCACAACCACAAUAAUCACGCGGCUCCAGUGGAGAGUGAUGAUGAGGAGAGUGAGGACGAAGAGCCCCCUGUGCGGAAACCAAAAAAGGGUGGGGAUUCUGCCGAGGAUUCAGGUCACAUGAACGAGAAAGUGGAGGCCAUGGACGUCAUUGCCAUCUGCCGUCCCAAAUACAAAGACAGACCACAGAUUGCCAAGGUCAUCCAGAAGACCAAAAAUGGCUACAGUAUACACUGGAUGACUGGAACUUACUCUGGGCCCUGGACUGUGGCAAAGAAACGAGACGGUCGCAAAAAGGUGCCUUGGGUUGACACGAUCAAGGAGUCAGACAUUAUUUACAAGAAAAUCUCCUUGACGAGUGGACAGAAGCUGUCGAACAAAGUGGCACAGACGUUACGGGCUCUUUAUGCUGCUAAAGAGGGGAAUUAGAUUUAAACGACUGAAAUAUCUCAGAUGGAAACCCCAGCCCAAAUCUAUGGGGAUCUGAUAUGUUACAGAGAGAAAAUGAAGCCUGUUUAGAUUUGAGAAGUAUUGUGAACACUGGUCUGUUUGAAUACAGACAUGUUUAACUUUAACACAAGAAAAAAAGAAGGAAAUGUUUGGGGGGAAAACAUUGUGUGGGAAUUCCUUCGCUGUUGUGCAGCAACUUUGUUGUUUGAUUUUUACUCCCACUGUAUCAUAGUUUAACUACACACAUGUUUAUAUCUGAACAUAAUUCUGUAAAAAGUAAACUGAAUGUUGGAAAUUAGUGUAUGAUGUUCUUAAUAAAGUGUUUUCGGAGUUUAAACUAGCACCAGCUGGUUGUAUUCACUUGACCUGAGCUCCAACAACUAUUAAUCUUCUUUCCUUUUCUUGUUCAAUACAUUUUGUUGUUCACCAACACUGUGUAACGGAGUAUCUUUGAUAUAAUUUAUUUAUGUUAAGAGCAGUGCAGUAUCUGUGCCUAUAUGCAGGGGAAGUUGUUUUUAAUAAUAGAUUUUGAUGUUAUAGAACACAGAACAAGAAAAAAAAGUGAUUCACCGCUCUUCUGUUUCAACAAAUACUGCAAUAAAUUUUCCUAUGUCUUUGUUA